AGGGAGUAAGUUUGCGAGAUUUGUCCCCUUCCCCCCACUCCGUCAACGCGCAAGCGCUCGGGACCGUGUAGGAAUGGUCGGUCCAAACUGGGGGGUUGGACCGCUCCGUGCGAAACCGAGCAAAAGAGUUUUAAAUGUCCGCCAUGUUGUCCAUGGCGCACUGAGCCAACGGUAGGGAGCGGAGCGUCGGAAAAAAACAGUCCGAGAGAGAGCGACCAAGAUCCGGGCCUUCACCCGGCUCCGCUGGCGACGCCCUAAAUACAAGCUACCACCAUUCGAACCGUAGAAUAGAGCCUAACCGCACAGAAACAUCAAUGAAAGCUCCACUCGGCACCGUUGUGAAUAUUAGGAGAUCGGAUAGAUUUAUAUUGCAGCUCGAAUUGUAAAAAAUGAGUAAAUUGUCGUUUCGGGCACGGGCGCUGGACGCUUCCAAGCCACUACCCGUCUUCCGUUGUGAGGAUUUACCCGACCUACACGAAUAUGCAUCAAUUAACCGGGCUGUGCCGCAGAUGCCUACGGGGAUGGAGAAAGAAGAGGAAUCGGAACACCAUCUCCAGCGAGCCAUCUCUGCACAGCAGGUUUAUGGCGAGAAGCGGGACAACAUGGUUAUCCCAGUCCCCGAGGCAGAAAGCAACAUCACGUACUACGACUCCAUCUACCCCGGGGACUACAAGAUGCCAAAGCAGCUAAUUCACAUACAGCCUUUCAGCUUGGACACAGAGCAGCCAGACUAUGACCUGGACUUGGAGGACGAAGUCUUUGUCAACAAGCUGAAGAAGAAGAUGGACAUCAGCUACCUGCAGUUUGAGGAGAUGAUCGACCGGCUGGAGAAAGGCAGUGGACAGCAGCUGGUGAGUCUUCCUGAAGCCAAACUUUUGCUGAAGGAGGAUGACGAGCUCAUCAAGGAGGUCUUUGACUACUGGAGCCGCAAGAGGAAAAACAGCAAGGCCAACUCUCUGAUCCCCACCGUCAAGCAGGAGAAACGGGAUGGCUCCAGCACCAACGACCCGUACGUGGCCUUUAGGCGGCGCACCGAGAAGAUGCAGACCAGGAAGAACCGGAAGAAUGAUGAGGCGUCCUACGAGAAGAUGCUAAAACUUCGCAGAGAUCUGAGCCGAGCCGUAACCAUUCUAGAAAUGAUCAAGAGGAGGGAGAAGAGCAAAAGAGAGCUGCUGCACCUCACACUGGAGAUUUUUGAGAAGAGAAAUGUCAUGUCAGACUUUGGAGGUGAAGUGAUGGCAGAGGUUCUGGCUGAAAGGGCUCUGGUGAGGCCUCAGAUUAUUCCCUUGGUUCCCCUCACCAACCAGUACCGACACCAGGACCACAUGGACCUCAAGGAUUACAAGUCCAAGCCUGAGAAGAUGGAGAUUCCCCGGCAGAAAAGGAAGUAUGAGAAGAAACAGAAAGUGCUGCCACUUUCUUCAGGCUCCUCCCACCAUUCAGGUCCAAUUGUGUUCAACGCCAAGGACCUGAACCAGUACGACUUCCCCAGCUCGGAUGAGGAACCUUUCUCUCAGCUGCACUCAGGCUCCUCAGAAGCAGAGGAAGAGAACGACCCCGAUGGCGCCUACGCUUUCCGUAGGAAGGCAGGCUGCCAGUACUACGCUGCUCGUCAGGAUCAGGCGGGUGGCUGGCCGUGGUCUGGUCCUUGGGAGGGUGGUUUGGCGGAGGAUCGCUUUCGCUACAGUCUCACUACGCUCACAGUUCCACGUCGCUGUCUGGGCAUGGCUCGACGCCGCGUGGGGCGAGGUGGCAGGGUCUUAUUAGACCGAGCGUACACGGACUACGACAACAUUUUCCAUGGACUGAAUCCAGAAAUGCUGGACCUGCCUCCUCCCGCUUCGGCUACAUCUCUCUCACCGGCCACUGACAAGUUUGCCAGUACCUCAGAAACAAAUACCUCAGUCAGAAGCUCCUCCUCCCCCUUCAAAGACCCCGUUUCCUCCUCCUCCUUGGACCUCAGUCAGAUACUUUUGAAUAUAAAGUCAUGCCGCUGGAGGCACUUUAGACCACGGACACUACCACUACAUGAGCUGGACGAGGCCCAUCCUCUGUUCAGAAGGCUGAGCCGAGUCCUGAAGCGCCCGCGCUCUGCGUCUGCUGGGGGGAGGCCGUUCGGAUCCCAACGCCCCGUCAGGGUCAUCCCUCCUCCAACAGCCGCUGCUGCGUUCACAGCUGAACAGUACCAGCAGCAUCAAGAGGAGCUGGCCCUGAUGCACAAACAGCAGCUGGAGCAGGCCCAGCUGCAACAGCACGCCAACAGCACUGCCAACAGCACAAAGAGCCUGGCGAACAUGCUGGACCAGGCCAGUGCUCAGUUUGCCGCCUCAGCUGUAGUCACCGCCGACCAACUCCUAGCUCUGAAAACAAAAGACGAUUUGGGUCCAGGAGGCGGAGUUAAUGGCGUCAUCCCCCCCUCAGGUGUCUACAAGGGCUUGCACCUAUCGAGCACAACGUCCCCGUUCCCCGCCACACCGGCUCCUCCAACCACUACUCUGACUUCCACCUUGCUCCACCCCUCCACCACCACCACCUCGGCCGCCAGGAACAACAAUGGCACUGCCCACCCCGCCAACACUACCACUAACGCCACCGCCGCCACUCAGGUCCUGCUGGGAAACAAUAGCCUUCGUCUGGGCGUUCCCGCUGGCAAGCGUAUCCACGCCCCCCGGACGCUGGGCGCCACUAUGUCAACAUCCGCCUUAAAGCUCGCCCACGCAGCAACCGCCAACUGUCAGAAACCUAAGGUGGCCACGGCCUCGGCCUCCCCGCUGGACAUGGUGCCCAGGGAGACUCGUGAACAAGACAAGCCAGCGCUGAACAGUCUGUCCGAGAACACAGUGGCCAUGGAGGUCACGUAGCCUCCGGCCCGCCGCCACGCCACAUAACCGGACUUUCUUUUUAUUUGCAUUCUUUUUGUAUUUUUUUGUUUUGUCGUUUUGAGGGGGUGCUAUGCAUCAUUUGUUAAUUGUGAAUGCAAGUGAUGGAUGAAUGAGCACAGCAAGGAUGGGUUUCCAUGGCAACUGUUCUGGGACUUAAUUGCAAUGCUCGUCUCGUACAAUUUUUCUCUUACACCCCCCCCCACCCCCCCACCUCCCGGUUUGUUACUGUUAAUAAGAGAUCGUCUGUAAAUUCUUAAUAUGGCAAUUAUAUGUACAGUACUGCAUAUUUGUAAUACGCCCCGCCCCCUUUUCUUGUAUAUAACAUUACUUGAAUACAGAAUUGUUCAUUUGUGAUGUUUUGCACUCGACAUUAAAAAAAAAACAAUUAAAGAGAAAACAAAUUGCAACUGCAGCGAAUCUGAGGAUCGGAGGUUGUACCACAAAAUGAAAAGGCAAAAAAAAACCAAUGUAUGUCAUCACACGCAUGGUGCAGAACCUGCUGUUGGAACUAUUUAUUGUGCCGUGUUUACUAAGGUCCUGAUUUCCCUCAUUCAUGGUUUUGCUUUAUUUUAUUUGGACUUCUUUUUUUUUUAAACAAUGUAAAACACUGUACCCCCCACCCCCCACCCCUCAAGUGUUAAGCUACUUCCUCUAGCUAGCUGAGUGUUGGCCCCUCCCCUUUUGGGAUGUAGAGCAGGGCGGGAACCUUUUGUGGGGUUUCCGUGGUGACGUACAGACAUGGGCACAGGGCAGGACAGACUUGUUGGUAGGCAUCGGUGUCGCCUGGUUGAUCCAUAAAGCUCUUCCAUUCUUAUUCCAAGUAACAAACCAACGGGGAUGAAGACUUUCUCAGAAGUCUUUGCUGCUUCUGAUGUAUCUAAGCACUAUAUAAUUUGUUUGAUUUAUGCUGCUUUUGUAUGAUUUUUCUUUUUUUUUUUUCUUUUUGAGUCUAAGGCUUGCACCAAACGGCCUCAUUCACAUUUUUCUUUUCCCCUGAACAUAAUCCCACCUUUAAUUUGUUUUAUAUUUUUGUAUUUCCCUUUUUUGUCAUGAAAGACUUCAUUCUUUUGUUACUUCUUGAUCUAAAACAAUUAUAAGGGAGUUUUUUUUAAAAUGCAGUAACUGACAUUUAUCAUUCCAGCUACUAUAUAAUGUGUAUGAAUUGAAAAGAAAAAAAUUUCUCUACAUUUAAAAGAAAAAAGCUUCUGAAGGCUGAAAGGCCAUGAACCACAUGUUAACGGGUGCCUUCAUUUGGGAAAAAAUUAAAGAAGAUAAAACAUGAAAUAAAAAAUCGAUCUCUUCUGUGAAGAGUUUGGUACUGAACAAGGCUACUUGUAGUUUUUCUUCCUGUUCCACCAUCCCUGUGCCUGGUUCCAUCCAGAAACCUUGGUUUGUAGUUCCCUCUUCACCACACACUCAAACAGGAUCUCCACAAAUGUCACCUAAUAAAAUACAAUCCCCCACAGGCA